AACUUACGGCGAAUUUUUUAUUUUAUGCCAGUGACGAAAGCAAGCGGUGCCGCGAUAGCCGCCUCGCGUUUGACGAUUAAAUUUACGAGUUUGUCACUUUCUCUUAAAUUGAAUUAGAAGCCUGUUUUAUUAUUGUUACGUCAUUUGAUGGUGUAUGCAUCCAGGAUGUGUCCAAUAUGGCCACUACAUCUAAUAAUUUUAUACAUAGUGGCAAUUUGUCCUAUGUGGGUGCUGUGCCAAGCAGCACCGAACUACCUCGCCAAAUUCCUGUCGGAAACGGUGGAGAUUCACAUGGGCGAAUAUUAUUACGUCAACGUUACUGUCACAGGAUCAGAUCUGCAAGUAGGUGAUAAAUUAUCGCUAAUUACGGAAAAAGAACAUAUAGCGUCAGGAAAAUGGAAUUCGACGUAUCUCCUCACAGAUUUAGAUGUUAAUAAGGGUAGUUUUGAAGGCAGAUUGAGGGUAGAUGGACAUUUUCUUGGUCGAACAGAAUUAGUAGUCGAAGCAAAUCGUGGUACUGCACAGUAUAUCGUAAAUGGCACUCUGCCAAUUACAGUGACGAGGCCACAGCGUAUUAUAGAUACAAUAUUCACAACCAGUGUUGCUGUAUUUGUUUCAUUGAUCUUCAUUAACUUUGGAUGUGCGAUGCACUGGCCCACUGUUAAGGGCGUGCUGAAGAGACCCAUCGGUCCAGCCAUCGGUAUGUUUGGACAGUUCAUCUUCAUGCCUCUGAUAUCAUUCGGUCUCGGUUUUCUUAUAUUCCCGAACUCGCCCGCUAUGCGAUUAGGAAUGUUUUUCACGGGCGUAUCGCCCGGUGGCGGAGCGUCGAAUAUAUGGACAUUCAUAUUGGGAGGAAAUCUUAAUUUAUCGCUGGCCAUGACCACCAUAUCUACCCUGGCUUCGUUCGCAUUCAUGCCAGCCUGGCUGUUCUCUCUCGGACAAGUUGUGUUCGCAAAUGCGAGCAUCGUGGUGCCAUACGUUCGCAUAGCUACGUUCGUCGCCGGCCUCAUUAUCCCCUUAAUGAUCGGCUUGGCCAUGCAGAAGCUCACGCCAAGGGUGGCAGCGUUCAUGGUCCGGAUCCUCAAAGGAUUUUCGACCACACUUCUCUUGUUCAUCAUUAUAUUCGCAAUAGUGACGAAUUUGUACAUUUUCGAACUGUUCUCUUGGGAGAUAGUAGUAGCGGGUAUAUGCAUCCCAUGGCUAGGCUACGCUGUGGGCUACGUGGGUGCUCGCUUGCUGGGACAGUCGCACGAAGACGCAAUCGCCAUUUCUGUCGAAAUCGGUAUCCAGAACACCGGCAUCGCCAUCUUCCUGCUGCGGUACGCGCUGCCGCAGCCGGAGGCCGACCUCACCACGGUGGUACCAGUGUCAGUAGCGAUCAUGACACCUGUACCAAAUACCAUCGUAUACAUAAUACAGAAGAUUAUGUCCUGCAGGGGAUGUAAGCCGUCAGAAACAAAAAUGCCCACAAAAAAAUCUUGGAAGACGACCUCAAACCAGUUUCCGAGGCCCCUGAGCCCGGCGUCAUCUCUACCAUUGAUGUCAAAUAAACAGGAGGAGAAUUGGGCAUCUUCUUCGUAAGCUCACCGUGUACCAGUUAUUACGUUGCAAUAGAGUCUACAAUUAUUACCAACAAAAUCUUCACGUUUAAUCAGGGCCAUAGGCGAAAAUAUAUCAAUAUUUUUUAUGAUUGAUAUAUUGAUGUAUUCUUCGAUUUUGUAGCGAUUUAUUAUUUUAAAGGAAAUGUCUAACUAUAAAAAAAAUUGUCUGUGGUGCUGCUGUUUUUCUUUUAUACAAUUAUACUAAUUUUAAUGGAGAAACUAAUUGAUUAUGAAUGAAUAAAAAUGUUUUGAAAUAUUUUAUAUGAAAAUUUAUGAACAAAUUUUUUGAUAACUUUUUUUUAAUAUAUGCGUUUCGUAUACAUUAUAUUUGAUAACGCAUUUACAAAAACAUACUUACUUUACAUAUCGUAGCAGGGCCUUCAUAUGUUUUGGCUCAGUAUUGUCUAUGGACUAAAAAAAGUCUAAUUCGUAUAAAGAAUAUCGAAACAUAAAAAUCUUUUACGGGAAUUAUUUAUUUAAAUAAAAAUUGUUUUUUAAUUAUUAUUUGUUAAAAUUAAAAGUACACGUAAGUGUACUAUUCUAUUCUAAAUUUUUUUUUUUUUUUAAUUCCAACGUGGUUUUUUUUAUAAAAUAUUUUUAAAAUAUCGUUUGUUAAAAUUCACCUAUAAAAUUUUCGGUAUAUAUGUAUGUUUGAAUAUGAUUGUAAUUUUGUACCAUUUUUAAGUUUGUUACACUUUAUUGAAUUAUUAUUGAUUUAUAGUAUAUUUCAAUAGCGCAGGUACAUAAAAACAGCUCAAAAAUUACGUCAAUUCAAUGAAACUUUCAAUUAUGUACUUUUCAAUUCGUAUGAUUUCUAUUGAAAUAAACUAUAAGUGUAGAAUUAAGAACUUUUUUAUCGGGUGUUUAUGAGGCAGUAUUUACGUACCUUAUUAAAAAAGUUGAUGUUUCAUCAACUUUAUAAGCGAAAAUAGUAAUUUUCAAUGAAGUCUAAAUGUUAAUGUCGACUUCUCAAUUUAAUUCGAAAAAAAAUUAUUUCUGUUGUAGUAAAGUGAUCUCUAGCAGAACAUGUCGGAUUUUCAUAUGACUGGUUUUAUAGGUGAAACAGAUGUGAAAAGACUUGAAAUAAGAAAUGAUUGUUAUGAGAUCGGUAUUUUGUUAUUGGAUGUCAUUGUAUUUACUAUAAAAGACAACUAUUGAAUGAAAGAA